GCUCUUUACCAAAUUAAAAGCACCAACCUCUACGACCUUCUGUUACCGAAAGUUUACCCAAAAUCUCCUCCAUACAUCAGAUUGCAGCUCCCUGCCUCCGCAUGGCCAUUCUCACCACCACCACCACUAUCGGGCUUCUCACCAAAGUCUAGGGUGAAUGAUCUAAUAAGGCCUUCUCGAUACAUUUGGACUUGCCGCUCACUUUGAAAAUCGGGAAGAAGUUAUUUUAUUGAAUUGAGGUUCUCAGUAGCUGCUCUCCACGUUCGAAAUGUGAAGCGAUGUUUUUCAAUUUUGAACCUGUGGGUAUCUUUUCCUAACCAGUACAACCCCUAUAAAGAGAAAAGCUUAAAAGCAAAAGACGCAGCAAAUAUAAAUUGGAGGGAAGACCAGCAACAAUGGCCGACGUUGUCGUUAAUGUUCUCUUACAGCAAUUACCGCUACUAAUAGAAGGAGCAACUUUCCCAUCUGGAGUGGAAAAUGAAGUCAAGUCAUUUCAAAGGGAGCUCGAGAGGAUAAAGAUCUUCCUCGAGAACUCCAAAGGGAAAGGCAACGAGCAUGAAAAUGUUAAGGCAUUAAUUAGGCAUAUCACGGAAGUUGCGUACGAGGCUGAGGAUGUUAUCGACACAUUCAUCCUCAAAGUCGAAGAACGAAGGAAGAGGAAUUUCGCGGGAAAGAUAAUCAAUAGCAUUGCGCACGCAAUAAUGCUUCACAAUGUUGCAAAGAAGAUAGAAUGCCUCAACAAAGAGAUCAACAAAAUCUACGAUGAUAUAGAAAAGUACGGCAUUGAAAGAACUGAAGCAAGGGUAGACGCAGAAGCGGAGAAGGCACUGCACAAACGUAGGACAUGCGUCGAGGAAGAUGACGUGGUUGGCUUUGUUCAUGGCUCUGAUACAUUGGUGAAUCAGCUUACUUAUGGAACCCAGAAUUCAAAGCUUGAUGUCAUUUCAAUCAUUGGCAUGGGUGGGUUGGGAAAAACUACUCUUGCCAAAAAAAUCUACAAUAAUGAUCGCGUUAUUGAUUGAAAUUUUAAAAUCUCAGAUGCCAAUAUCAGAUGAGUUGACAUCAAAACUCAAAGGGACGAGUGACGAAGAGGCAAAAGAGUUCCUAAUAGAACAGUUGCUCAAAUGCUUGCAAGGGAAGAGGUACCUAGUAGUCAUGGACGACAUCUGGAAACCCCAAGUCUGGAAUGAGGUAAAAGAUGCUUUUCCUGAUAACUCCAAUGGAAGCCGAAUAUUAAUCACCAGCCGCAUAACAGAAGUGGCCUUACAUGCAAGUCUUACUCCUCCUUACUUUCUCCAAUUUCUUAACAAAGAUGAAAGCUGGGAACUCUUUUGUAAAAAAGUAUUUCGAGGAGGAGAAUGUCCUCCUGAGCUAGAAGCUCUAGGGAAUCAAAUUGCAGAAGGUUGCCGUGGGUUGCCACUUUCAAUUGUGGUACUGGGGGGUCUUUUAGCAAACAAAGAGAAGACACAUCGAACAUGGUCGAAAGUGAUUGCCGAUGUAAAUUGGUAUCUUACUGAAUGCAGAGACAUUCUGGCCUUAAGUUACACCUACCUACCACGGCGCUUGAAACCAUGUUUCUUGUAUAUUGGUGCAUUCCCAGAAGAUUUUGAGAUUCCUGUAAAGGAAUUGAUCAAACUAUGGAUAGCUGAGGGAUUCAUACAGCACACUGGCAGACGAAACGUUGAAGAUGUUGCUGAUGACUACGUAGAGGAGCUUAUUGAUCGAAAUUUGAUCCAAGUGGCUACUAGGAGGUCAGAUGAAGGAGCGAAGACAUGUCGUAUUCAUGAUCUUCUGCGAGAUCUAUGCAUAACCAAGAGCGCGGAAGAAAAACUUCUUUAUGUACAUAGAGAUGAUAACUCAUCCUGGAACACCUCUCGCAGACAUUCCAUCCAAAGUAGAAUUCUUCAUCAAUUCAUUUCUUCAAACAAUUCUAGCACUUCAUAUGCUCGUUCUUUUUUGUCCUUUGGAAGUGACUUUAGGUUGAAGUUUGAGGAAAUCCACUGGAAGUGGGUCCACAACAACUUGAAAAUGCUUCGUGUACUUCAUUUGGAGCUAGUUACCAUUUUUGUUCCAGAAGAGAUUGGAACAUUGAUCCAUUUGAGGUACUUGAAGAUAUUUUGUAUAUCUAUUCCAGAUUCUAUUGGCAACCUGAAGAAUCUAGAAACACUUGCCAUAAACACACAAGGUGGAGCGGCUAGUGUAUUUUUGCCGCACUCGAUAAUAAGGCUGACGCGUUUAAGGAACUUGCAGGGGCAUGUGGGUUUACCUGAUAAUUUCCCCUUGGUCACAGCUUGGUCGAGCCUCCAAGUCCUUUCCAAUAUUACAAUGAACUCACAAAUUGUGCAUUUCAUUGUCGAGGGCAAGCUUCCUAAUUUAAGGAAAUUAGGGCUAUAUAAUUCGGGAGCCUGGUGCUUAGAUAGAAUUGAUUUUAAAGCUACUUUCCCAAGCGUCCACCACUUAAGUCAUCUCCAAACAUUGAACAUUUCAAGUUUUGUAACGGGGGUGGUUAAGCUUCCUGAUUCAAUUCCAGAGACAAUCACCAAGAUAAGCUUAAAGCGGGUGGACUUACAUAACAGUAGCAUGGAAGUGUUGGGAAAAUUUCCUAAACUUUUAAUACUAAAACUAUAUUGUUGCUGUCUUCCUAGAGAUCUUCACUUCCAUGCACGUUCGUUUCCUCAACUCCAAUCCCUAAAAUUGGAGGAAGAGGACUUUGGAAACUGGAUACAGGAUGAAGGUGCAAUGGCAAACCUAAGGCAUUUGGUUAUCAAGAGCUGCCCUCAAUUUACCAUCCACUCUUCUGACUUACGGAAAUCAACUGCCUUGCGAGAGGUGGAGGUCUUACAUUGCAGCUCUUCUAUGACAAAUAUGUUUAAGAGAUUGCAGAUGGAGAUUGGUUUUAAGCUACAUACUGAGCGUGCCUUGGUUUUUAGGGAAUUUUGAUUGACACAAAAAUUGUGUUAAUUAUGAGAUUCAGGCAUGGAGUAGCUAGCUACACACAAUUUCGAGGGGGUGGAUGGUCAUUGUCCCCUUGUCAGUUGGUGUUGCGUUUUGUUAUCUUGGAUGAAAUGAUUUGUAUUCAUCCAAAAUAAACUACUUUUGCUUUUAGACUAACAUUUUGUAGUAAUUUGUACAUGUAAUUCGACGUUUGCUCCCAAGGAGAUUUCUCUUUCUUUUUUUGGAUUAAAAUUAGCUUCUCUAAUA